AUGCCAUACAAUACUCGUCGCAAAUCGUUGUCUCUGCCGUCCCUGGGUAUUCACGUUCCAGGCAGCCAUCCAUCCCGCAGCCCUGCCGCAAUCAGUUCCAAUCGAAGCAUUUCCGAGAAUCUAGGAAACCGCAUCACAGUUCUAUCUACAACAGUAUCGCAUCCGAACAAGAGACAGAAACGUUCCCAUGGAGAUGAGGGGUCACGGCAAAGAUAUGCAUCACACAAACUCCCCGACGAACAGGUCAUGUUGGACCACACGCCACCGCCAUCCCCCUCGCCAGAUAACGUCGAGAUGCAAGACGCCGCCAGCGACGCCGUAUCCACAACAAAGAUAGACUUUGCCGGAAUCCAAGACGAGAUUGUGGAAGCCGUCAUUGUGCAAUUGCAGAUUACUUGUAAUCGGCCUCAUUUAGUGAGGGAACUGGCCACCGUGCUAUCGCAACAAGUUUUUAUUGUGAAGAACUCCGCUAACCCUUGCGCUAUCAUCUCCUCUCGUCUCGCUGCAUAUUUGAAGCGCUCUUGCUGGAACGCUCAGGCGCCAUGCCCACUGGGCAAGGAGCUUGAGACAGCACACCCACGCCGGACCUACUUUUACCUGACGAUCUGUCCAAGACAGCCCUUGCCAGAUUCGUCAACUUACGUCCACAGAGCUGUUAUUUCACCAUCUCUCUCGAGCAUCGCGUCUGGAUCGGAGGAUGGGGACGAUAUCGACACUCGACGCAGGGAGUUGAGCCCAUCCCCGGAAGUUGAUUUGUCUUCUCCCGAGUUCGACAACGCAGACGACGACUUCGCAAGGCCAAUCACACCUGUUGGGUCACUCCCCAACAAUGUUCGGUACUCCAGGAGUCACCGGAGUGCCUCGCCUCCCUUGGAAAAGGAUGAGCGUGAGUUCACUCACACAGCCGAUGUUCUUCAAAAGCGCAAGCUGGCCCGUGAGCUCUCGUCAGCAGGCAACAUGGAGCAGUGCACCAAUGCCUAUGAAUCGGUACGGGACGACGGCAUGUUUGACGAAAAACACGGCGCAACAACUAGUAACGGAUCUGUUUCUAUACAUCAGUUCAUCACCAGCCCAGCUAUCAAGGCAACAGUACCUUCAAGCACCAGAAAGGAAACCGAUGGCGACAGUUGGUUCAAACUGGGGAACCUACUAGAGUGGGAUCAUAGUCCUGAGAACAUUGAACUCGACGAGCUUGACUGUUUGCUGGACUCUUGUUAA